CAUCACGCUGUCGUCAAACAGAACCGCCACGACGACGAUGAAGCUCGUUGCUCUCGCUCUCGCCGCUCCCGCCGUGACCGGGCUGCAGUUCGGCUCCAAGCCGGCUGCCCCCAAGGGCGGCUUCCAAUUGCCCGCGGCGCCGGCGCUGCCCAGUAUGUUUCCGCGUCGCAUGUCCAACGUGCCUUCAAAUGUGCUUAAGGCUGCAAGUGAGCUAGGCUUCCAGUCUCGUCUCUCCACUCCCACCUUUCCACGAGUCCACCGUCGGCCGCGCCGGCGCCGCGCGCGAGUCGCGAAACAUUCAUGUGAUUGCACGCAGGCGAGGUGCCGGUCGCGGCGGUCGGAGCAGCUGCCCUGGCCGGCGCGCUAGCGCUCUCGGUCGGCAGCGCGGCCGUCGGCGACGGCAUCGUCCGCUUCGGCAUGCCCUUCGGCGGCGAGGUCCUGGUCCCCGGCGCGCCGUUCCAGCCCGAGAACGGCUACCUCGGCAUGUGGUGCGUCUCUCGCGUCGAAAGCGUCGAGGGGGUAUGUCGAGUAUCUGUACUUCCGCGCAGGAACUGGGAGAAGCAGGGCCCGAAGGCCGUGCCCAAGGAUCAAACUCCGGAGGCGCAGAAGGCGUUGAUGGCGCAAUUCCAGGCCGAUCGGGCCAAGGUCAGUGACGCAGCGUCUUCAUGAAGCCGUCGACGCGAUGCCGCGCCGCGCGAGAGUCCGCGCGUCUCGCGAGGGGAACCGCGGCGACGGCGUCUGUGCCACACAGUUCGACGCCGAGGCCAAGGCCGAGGGCUUCACGUCGGCCGAGGCGCGCGGCGUAGAGCUUCGCGCGAAGCAGGCCGCGCAGAAGGCUAAGGAGGCCGAGGCGGCGGCGGCCGCCGCGAAGGCCGCCGCGGCCGCGAAGAAGUAGACGAC